CUGCAAGAGAGAUUUAAAGACCUUGAAGUGACGUGACGAUGGUAGAAAACGAUGGAUCCAUUAACUUCAGGGGACCAGAUGCCAUGGUGAAGGAAGGAAACAUUACCGUCUGGAAAACACUGUCCAAAGUGAAAGAAGUGGAAAUGGAACUACCUGUAUCUAUUGUUGAAGUUCUCAGAUCUGAACUAGGAAAGGACUUUAUUUUUCAAAGUUUUAAAAAUAAUGCCAUCAAUGCAGUUGUCACUUUUGAUAAACAACUCUUGUUGACAGCGGUUGAUCGAGAAAAUGCGAAAAGAGCUGAAAUCUUCAUUAAAGAAGUGACAACAGAAGAAAGCAUUCCUCUCGACGAACACCUAAAACGAUUAGUUGAGUCCGAGAAAUGGAAAGAAUUCAAAUGUGAAAUGCAGCAGUCCAAGCUACUAAAGAUUACAGAAGAACCAGUAGUAAGCACAUUGUGGAUAGCUGGCAUGACGGAAGAUGUUAGUUGUGCCAAAGAAAAAAUUAUGUCAUAUUUCAAAGAAAAUGUACAACUACACGAAGUGAUUAAUAUAGAAACUGGUCGCAUAAAGUUUAUAUUCAAAUACCAAGGUCCCGCCAUCAAAGAUAUCGAAGAAUCCCUAAAGAGCCAGUCAGUGAAAGUAUCUAAGAAAAGUGAAAACGAGAUCUUAGUUUCUGGCACCAAAGAAGGAAUCCAGCUGGCUUUUCCAAAAAUUGAAAUGAUCAUCAGUGACAUCAAAGAUCGCACAGUCGAUUUGGACAAGCAGCCAGGAAUGAAGAAACCUUUUAUUGGGGAUAUGGGCCUGGCUUUGUUGUCUGCCAUUGAGAACAAACAUAAAUGUAUCAUUGAACGUUGCACUCCAUCGCAAAGUUCACAACCAACUUCAUUUGGAGCUGUCGAUGAAGCCAAGAGCCUAUCCAGAAUGAUUUGCAGUUACGUCACGCCUGAAGGGAAAAAAAUAUUACUGUACAAGGGAGAUAUAACGGAACACAGAGUCGAUGUAAUGGUCAAUGCAGCCAAUGAGAAGCUAGAGCAUGAUAGUGGAGUCGCGAAGAGGAUUGCAGAUAGGGGUGGCCAAGAAAUUCWAGAKGAAUGCAAUGCAYAUAUAAAACAAUUUGGUGAUCUUUYAUYGGGCGAAGUUUUGGUUACUAGAGCGGGCAGCCUCCCUUGUCAACGAAUCAAUCACGUGGCUAGUCCAAAGUGGACUUCCUCAGUACGCCUUAAAAAGACAAGAGGAACCAAAGAGGGGUAUGAAGUUCUUAUGCUGGCUCAGGCUGUGAACAACGCAUUACACAAGGCAGAAGGGUAUAACAGUAUUGCAUUUCCCGCAAUAAGCGCAGGUGCAUCUGGAUUUCCUGAAAACAUUUGUGCAGAAACACUAAUACAAAGUGCACUCGAAUACUUUAAAGAAACCCCAUCAUCAACUCUAAAUGAAGUUCACUUUGUUCACAUGAAAGAUUCUGUUAUCAAGGCUUUCCACGACCAAAUGAAAAUGUCAUUUGAUAAAGAGCCGUCUUUUACUGAUACUACAACGCCAGCAAAGGAAAAUACUACAAAAGCAAUAAAAAGACGAGGGAGAUCAUCUAAAACUAGUGCAGUUUUAGUCUCAAAGGWUGCCAAAACGACAGUGGCGCCGAUUCAAGUCAUGAUCGUUGUUGGUGAUCUUGCAAAGGAAGAUGUGGAAGCCUUGGUUAACACUGUAUCACAGGAUCUCGAUCUGAGUAAAAAUCCAUGCGCUAGAGCUCUUAGCGAUGCUGCAGGCCCUGGAUUAGACCAAGAAUGCAAAGGCAAAGGAAAAUUGUCAGUUGGACGAAUGGUCGUUACUGAUGGGUACAACCUUCGUUGCAAAAAUAUCUUCCAUGUGGCAACUGGAGAUUGGGAAAAAGGAAAAGGAGAAGCGGUUCUACGUUCGUUGAUCCAAUCCUGUUUGAAAGAAGCAGACAAGAGAAAGUUUUCCAGCAUUGCAUUUCCCGCCAUUGGAACAGGAAAGGCUGGCUUUCCUAGAGACGUUGUGGCCAGGGCUUUCUUUGAAGAAGUUGAAUCCUUUAAGAAUAAAAACCCAAAAAGCACUGUCAAUGAAGUUCGUUUGGUUAUUUUUCCUAAAGAUAAACCCACGAUUAAAGCCUUUCAAGAUGAGGAGAAAAAGAACUUAGCAAAGAAAAGCCCUGGCAAUGGAGAGGGCCAAAACUCCGUCGGUGAGAGGUUUCAAAACCCUCAAAAAGGCGUCUCGCACUUUGGCUCAGUUCGUUUGGAAGUCGUAUCUGGGGAUAUCACCAAGCAAACGACUGAUGCAAUAGCAAUAGCAGCAAACAAAAAUCUUAAAGUGUCAAUUUCCGGAAUAGUCGGAAAAAAUAUUGCCGAAAAGGGAGGUACUUCUAUUCAAGAGGAAUGUAACCAGCUGGGGCCACAAAACACGGGAUCCGUUGUCAACACUUCAGCUGGUUCUCUUCCGACUAAAACCAUUUUCCACCUUGUAUUCGAUCAUCAGCAGGCCCUAUCUUCUAUAGAACUAAUAAACGCUAUGUUCAAAUGCUUCAAGGAGGCUGAUUCAAUGGGAAUUACUUCUAUUGCUGUCCCUGCGAUAGGAACAGGAAUGGGAAAGAUGAGCCCCAAAGAUGCAGCUAAAGCUAUUUUGUCCGCUGUAAUAAAUAUUUCACAGGAAAAUCCAACUUCAUUAAAUCAUAUACGUAUUGUCGUCUUUAAGAGUGACAUGAUAGAAGCUUUUUACAAAGCCACUGAGGAAGCAAAGGCACCUGCGUCAAUUUGGCAAUCUUUUAAAGGGAUUCUUGGAUUUGGCGAGGUGAAAGAUGCAAGUGCUCAUUUACACCAGCCAUAUACAACUAAAGAUGAUAGAAGUGGAAUUUCCACACCAGCUAUGAAUGAAAAAAUGUGGCUCCAGGUAUUCGCUUCCAGUGACCAGGUCUUGAACGAAGCAGAAUCUAAACUCAUAGCUCUAGUAAAAGAAAAAUCGAGAAAGGAAGAGAUUUAUCAUGAAGCUAUUGACAAGCUUUCAGAAAGCCAAAAUCAACGGAUUAUGCAGUUUCAGACAACGCAUAAUACUACAAUCCAAAUAGACAAGAAAGUCAACCGCAUUGUUGUUCGGGGUGAUUCUGAAGAUGUAUUCAUUGUUACCUUAGGCUCAGUGAUUCGAAGACUCGCGGCUCGGGAAAUAUUCACUAAUUCCUUGGGCGAAUAAUUGUUAAUUAACAACGACCGGCGACAACGAAAACAAAAAAGGAAACGACAAGGACAAAGACAAAGACAACAACAACCUUACUAAUG